AUGAAGAGUGAUGGAUCAGGGGGUGGUAUCCCUCCAAACUCAUAUGUCGCAGGUAGGAAACGCCGUGGAAGUGGUUCAGCACUUGAUGAUUUUUUGCAUGAUAGAAUGGCAAAAAUGCAGCAGCGCGGCGAUACUAAUUCAGGUGUGAAUCAGAAAGCCGGACAUGAUUUGCAAGAAAAUCCAGGGACUCCACUAUUAAGCCUUCACAAUAACAGUUUCAUCAACACACCAAGUGAUCGUAAUGUUGAUUUCCAAGAUCUUAAUGAUAAAGAGAAUACUCCGGUUUCUACGGCACAGCAAAAACCAGGUUCCAGUCGUAAAUGUAGAGGACCAAGCAUCCAAACGAUACUUGAUGGGAAAAGUUGUGGUCUCUCGGCAUCGACCAAAAACCAAAGUGAUGUCAAGAAACGAGGUCGUGAACCGGGAGUCAACAAACUGUUUAAUAGUCUGCAUGAGGUUAUUGGAUCUUCUGGAGUGAUUAAUCAGGAAACAAAGAAGAGAGUCAGGGGACUCGGAGCCAAAACACUCGCAAGGCGGAAGCUUGCUCAAGAUGCUCAGAAUGCCACCAUGGAGUCAGCCCCAAUUAAACAUUGUCAUGAAGUGUCUGCUGAUGUGCCCGGAUCAGCAACUCCGAAAAGUGCGCUCACAUUCCAAGGAGGUGCAAGUGAUGGUCCAAAGUCAACACCCGAGCUUUAUAGGUCACACACAUCCCAGAAUACAGUUGGACAUGCUCAGACAAGUACCAUAUCUUCGUGUGUCGUCGAAAAGAUCGGCAGAGAUGAUUGUCGCAGAGUUUUCCGUCCACAUUCUGGUGCGUCUACUUCUGGUGCGAAAGAUCUCCUGGGAGAAUUUGACGAUGCGCUUGAGCAAUCUGAUUUCAUUGAAGAUGUAUAUAUGCAAGGUCAAGAUGACACUGCCAAUGAUCCUGACAUGUGGAAGGGUUACUGCAGCAUUGGACCUCCUAAUGCUACAUGUGCCAUAUGCCGUGCUGUAAUGUGGGAUAUGGAACGCAACAACAAAUCUAAUCGGAAUGCUCCCCCGUCCUUCUCAUUGUGCUGCAAAAGUGGCCAGGUUAUACUCCCUCUAGAGGAUCACCCUCCAGAACCUUUAGCAUCUCUGCUUAAUGGUGGUCCGAAAACACCUCAUUUCCGACAGAAUAUAAGGGUUUAUAACUGCAUGUUUGCAAUGUGUUCGAGCGGCGGCAAAGUUGAUCAUAAGAUAAACAGGGGCGGAGCACCAUUUUGCUUUAAAAUAAGGGGUCAAAAUAUGCAUUUUAUUGGUAGCCUUAUCCCUGAAGAAGGCUCCAAACCAAAAUUCUGUCAGCUAUAUAUAUAUGACACCGAUAAUGAAAAUAGUAAUCGAAUUGGAGCAGUCGGUUCAAAGCCAGACGACGUGGACAUGGAGAUAGUUGAAGGUUUAACCAGGAUGCUUGAUGAAAAGAAUAAGCUGGUCCGAUACUUCCGAUCUGCACGUGAGAAACACAGGAAUGGUGAUCAGACGGAGUUCAAGUUGAUCCUUAUCUCUUCACAGGCCCAGAAUGGUCGUCCAAAUAUAAUUGGCCCGUCUAACGAGGUUGCUGGACUGAUAGUCAAUGCCAGUGCAGACACGGCUGGUUGUAGAGAUACUGUCUGUCAUACCAAACAAGGUCAUCUCAAAAGAGUGUUUGAGACGGAUCCCUUUUUUAUGCAGCUCCAAUUUCCACUGUUGUUUCCACUUGGUGAGGAUGGAUACCACACUAAAAUUCCCCUGAGAAAUGUUAAGAAGAGGAGAUUACAAAUAGAGGAUCCUGAUGACCAUGAAGGUGAAAGAAAAAUCAGGGAUCAUGUCUCCAUGAAAGAAUAUUAUUCAUCUAAGCUCAUGAUACGUCUUAAUGAAGGUUUGACGCCGCACCUUGGUGGGAGGUUGUGGCAGCAAUAUGUUAUUGAUGCUUUCACGGCAAUGGAACAGUACAGACUUGAUUGGAUUUCGAGAAAUCAGACUACCAUCCGUUCUGAUCUUUAUACAUCUGUCCGCGAUGCUGUACGUCGUGGAGACAAUGAUCCAUCACACGUUGGUAAAUGUGUUAUACUUCCUGCUUCCUUCACAGGUUCCAAACGAUACAUGUCGCAGUACUUCAAGGAUUCACUGGCUUUGUGUCGCAGUAUUGGCCAUCCAUCUUUAUUCUUAACAAUGACUACGAAUUCAAAAUGGCCUGAGAUACAAGAAAUGAUGAAACAUCUGCCUGGUGUGAAUGUGGCCGAUGCUCCAGAUGUGGUUGCACGUGUGUUUAAAUUGAAGCUUGACCAGCUAAUAGAUCUCAUUAAAAAAAAACAUUUCUUCGGACGCUUGAUGCACGUCAUUGAAUUUCAAAAACGUGGCCUGCCACACGCUCAUAUGUUGAUCUGGCUCGACGACAGGGAUAAGCCUAAGACUGCGGAGCAAAUUGACAAGUUAGUGAGUGCAGAAAUACCAGAUGAGCACGAGGAUAGCAUUGGAUACAAUGCGGUGAAAAAUUAUAUGAUCCAUGGUCCAUGCGGUAAAGAUGCAACUUAUUCCGCUUGCAUGGUCAAUGGCAGAUGUGGACGUCAUUUUCCCAAGAGGUAUAAUGGAGUUACAUGUUUUGAUGAAUCUGGGUUUCCCAUAUACCGGCGUCGCAACACUGGAAGGACUGUGUUGAGAAAAGGUGUGAUCCUUGAUAAUAAAUUUGUUGUUCCUUACAACAGGGAAUUGUUGCUUCGUUUUCAGUGUCACAUCAACCUAGAGAUAUGCAAUAACUCACGAUCUUUGAAGUACUUAUUUAAGUAUUGCCUAAAAGGCCAUGACACUGCUACAAUGCUUCUAAAGCGGAAGAAUGAUAAUUCUGCGAACAUUGCAUCAGCAGCCUCCAAGUCCAAGAUAUUUGAUGAAGUUAAACAUUACUUGGAUGGUCGAUACGUGUGUGCAUCUGAAGCUGCGUGGAGGAUAUUGGGUUUUGAUAUUCAUUCAAGAUGGCCAUCUGUUGAUCGUCUACCAAUUCAUCUACCAGAGAGCAAAUAUGUGAGCUUCAAGACAGGAGAUUCCCUUCAAAAUGUUUGCAAACGUGCAGAUGCAAAAAUGAGCAAACUUGAGGCUUGGUUCGUAGCAAAUCAAAAGCUUCCAGAGGCUAGGAAUUACACAUAUGCUGAGUUCCCUACAUAUUUUACAUGGCUCCCCAAAGAAUGCAAGUGGAAAUAUAGGCAGAGAGGUGAGGUUGUUGGCAGGCUAUCGGAAGUUCAUCCGACUGCUGGUGACCUGCUCUAUCUUCGAAUGUUGUUGUUACGGAAAAAGGGAUGUACUAAAUUUGAGGAUCUUCGCACUAUCGAUGGAGUGUUGCACGAUACAUAUAAAGAGGCAUGUGGUGCCUUGGGAUUGUUGCAGAAUGAUAAACAGUGGCAUGAUGCUUUGUCUGAGAAUGCACAAUCAUCAUUUCCUCAUCAGCUUAGGGAGAUGUUUGUGAACAUCCUGUCUUACAGUUCUGUUGCCGAUCCUCAUCUCCUAUGGAAGUGUCACUGGAGGUGCAUGUCCGAAGACAUUUUAGUCAAGCGCCGUAAUGUGACUGGUAAUUUUGAACUAGAACUUACAGAUACCGACUUACAGAAUUAUGCACUUUCAGAAAUCGAGAAGCUCUUUAGCGAUAUCGGAAAAAGUUUGAGAGACUUCCCUGAUAUGCCAUUCCCACCAGAAAUUUACAUUUCAUCUGAUUCCAACCGACUCAUCGCUGAAGAAACUUCCUAUGAUGUUCAAGAAAUGAAGGAAAAACACGAGACUAAUCAUAAAAAACUUAAUGCAGAGCAGAAGAUUGUUCACGACUCAGUCAUAAAGUCUGUUAAUACGAAGGAAGGUGGUCUUUUCUUUGUACACGGUUCUGGCGGUUGUGGUAAGACUUUCCUAUGGCAGACGAUAAUUGCUGCACUUCGUGCCAACCGCCAGAUAGUUCUCCCUGUGGCAUCUUCUGGGAUUGCUGCCACGCUUCUCCCUGGUGGGAGGACCGCUCACUCUCGCUUCCACAUACCUCUCAAGCUUGAUCAGUACUCUUCAGCUGGAAUAAAGCACGGCACCGAAAUUGCAGAACUUCUUCAAAGCACUGAUUUAAUAAUUUGGGACGAGGCUCCGAUGCAGCAUCGUUACGCGUUUGAGUGUGUGGACCGCAGCAUACGGGAUAUAAUGUCUGCCGUUAACCCGGAAAAAGCUCAAAAACCUUUUGGAGGCAUAACCGUUGUGUUUGGCGGCGAUUUUCGUCAAAUCUUACCUGUUAUCCCCAAGGCAGGGAGACCCGAUAUUGUUGGUGCUUCUCUGAAUAAUUCUCGCCUGUGGGAACACUGCAAGGUCUUCCUCCUUUUUCGGAAUAUGCGUUUGCAUGCUGGCAACACAGAAGAGCAAAACAGACUUAUAAAGGAGUUUAGUGACUGGCAGUUAAAAGUUGGAGAUGGGAAGGUCGAUCCAAUUAGCUUCAAGGAGCAUGUUUCCGAGGUAUUAUUUAGGUUACCACAGCAGCAUGUUAUUCACUCCGAGGACAAACCAAUACAGGAUCUGAUUGAUGUUGUCUAUCCAGAUUUUGCAAACCGAUGUUCAUCUUCUGAGUAUUUUAGUUCCCGUGCCAUUCUCACGCCAACAAAUGCAGUUGUUGAUGACAUAAAUUACGCUAUUCUUGACAAACUUCCUGGAGAGACGUAUACAUACCUGAGUCAGGACUCAUUAGAAGACCAGGGUGUGGAAGAGAAUGAUUUCGACGAGUCGUUCCCAAUCGAAUAUCUAAAUUCAUUGAACCUGCCUUGCAUUCCUAAACAUGAAUUGAGGGUAAAAGUUGGUACUCCGGUUAUGCUGAUGAGGAACUUAAACCAGAUAAACGGUCUUUGCAACGGAACUCGGAUGAUAGUGACUGGAUGCAAGAAGAACACUAUUGAAUGUGAAAUAAUGUCCGGUUCCCAUGCUGGUAAAAAGCAUCUGAUACCGCGCAUUGAAAUGAUCCCCACCGAGACACCCUGGCCUUUUGAUUUCAAGAGAACGCAAUUUCCAAUUCAGAUUUGUUUCGCAAUGACCAUAAAUAAGAGUCAGGGUCAAUCAAUGGAUAUAGUUGGAUUAUUCUUGCCCAGACCUGUCUUCUGCCAUGGACAGCUUUACGUUGCAAUAUCCAGGGUUACUUCCUCAGCAGGACUUCACAUAUUGGUCAUAAACGAUGAGGGGAAGACGUCGGAUGUGACCUCUAAUGUUGUUUUUCACGAAGUUUUUUACAACAUACCAUCUGUUGGUUGA